AUGGACAAGCGCCAUCCAUCCAGCUUCCAGCAGCUGGAGAAGCUGGGCGAGGGCACAUACGCAACCGUCUUCAAGGGUCGCAAUGGCCAGACGGGCCAGUUCGUCGCCCUCAAGGAGAUCCAUCUCGAUAGCGAGGAGGGCACGCCCAGCACCGCCAUCCGCGAGAUCUCGCUCAUGAAGGAGCUGAAGCACGAGAACAUUGUCAGCCUUUACGAUGUUAUCCACACCGAGAAUAAGCUGAUGCUGGUCUUCGAGUACAUGGACAAGGACCUCAAGAAGUAUAUGGACAGCUACCAGAGCCCCACCGGCGGUUCGCGUGGUGCCUUGGAUCCUGCUACCAUCAAGAGCUUCAUGUGGCAGCUGCUCCGUGGCAUCGCCUUUUGCCACGAGAACAGAGUGCUGCACCGAGAUCUCAAGCCCCAGAACCUGCUCAUCAACUCACAAGGCCAGCUCAAGCUUGGCGACUUCGGUCUAGCCCGUGCCUUCGGAAUCCCGGUCAACACCUUUUCCAACGAGGUUGUGACCCUUUGGUACCGUGCGCCAGAUGUUUUACUGGGCAGUCGCACUUACAACACGAGCAUCGACAUCUGGAGCGCUGGGUGCAUCAUGGCAGAGAUGUUCACGGGACGGCCGCUCUUCCCUGGUACUACCAACGAAGAUCAGCUGCUCAAGAUCUUCCGGCUCAUGGGCACUCCCUCCGAGCGUAGCUGGCCAGGCAUCAGCAGCUUUCCAGAGUACAAGCAGACAUGGCCCGUCUACGCGACGCAGGAGCUGCGCGCCAUUCUACCUCAAGUCGACUCGCUAGGACUCCAAUUACUUGGUCAGCUUCUUCAACUGCGACCAGAGAUGCGAUGCAGCGCUCAAGCAGCACUCGCUCAUCCCUGGUUUGCUGAGCUCAAUGCGCGGUCACAGCACGCAGCUCAAGGCGGCUUCACGCAACCAGUUCAGGCCAUGUCCGUGGGACAACAACGCGCCUAUUAG